AAAUUUUGAUUAAUGGAAAAAAGUUGGUCCACACAGAAGGUCACUGGUACCCUGAAGGACUUUCAAGAGAAGUAUAUCUAACAAAGAACGACUUAGAGACCCCAAUUAAUAAUUUCGUCUUAACGUUAAAAGCCAUGGAUAAUAAAGAUUACGACGACAGUUUUGACGAAAAAGAAGAAUUACUACCAGUUCCAGUGGAGUAUAAGGGAAAAGAGAAUGUUGAACAUUCAAUGGAUCUUGCUCAUUAUAUUCCUCAGUGCACUCCUGGUCUCCAUUGGUACAAUAGGGUUCGCCUCGAUAUGGAAUUACCGAUUAAACGAAAUGUCAUAUUAAUGAUUUCUGAUGGAUUCGGUCCUGCCUCAGAGACUUUUGCUCGUGAUUACUACCAAUUUGUAAACAGCUUGCAUUAUAAUUUUACCACACCUUUGGAUCAAAUCCUUGUUGGUUUAUCUCGAACGAGGUCUUCUAACAGUCUUGUCACUGAUUCUGCCGCUGGCGCAACGGCAUUUUCAUGCGUUAAAAAAACUUAUAAUGGUGCUAUCGGAGUUGAUCCUGAUAAGGCUCCAUGUGGUACUAUUCUUGAGGCUGCGAAGGCUAUUGGAAUGGCAACAGGAUUAGUUGUUACUAGUCGUAUCACUCAUGCUACACCGGCUUCAUUCUCGGCUCAUGUUGUUGAUAGAAACAUGGAGGAUAUUAUUGCUACUCAACAACUUGGCGAUUAUCCUCUUGGAAGACAAGUUGAUCUGAUGAUUGGUGGUGGUCGAUGCUUUUUCUUGCCAAAUUCUACUGUCGGUAGUUGCAGGGGAGACGAUCGGGAUUUAAUUGCAGAAGCAAAGAAGUCUGGUUUUACUUAUUUUACUUCUAGAAAAGAAUUUGAUAAUAUUGAUCCUGAUUCGCAAAGUAUUCCCCUUCUUGGCUUAUUUACCCUUGACCAUAUGUCCUAUGAGAUAGAUCGUGUUCCCAGUGUUGAACCCUCUCUCAAAGAAAUGUCUGAGAAAGCAAUUCGAAUUCUUGAAGCACAAACCGCUCAUAGCGAUAAAGGUUUCUUCCUUAUGAUUGAGGGCAGUCGAAUUGGUAACUAUUCGUAA